GCAGCUAACUUCGUACGAUAGAAAUUUUCGUCCAGUGGGCUCCUUUUACGAGAGAAUUUUGUAAUAAUUUUAGUGUACAAGUAAAUUAAAAUAAGAAAAUCGGUCACUAUGGCUAUGCGUGUGCUUGGCGUUUCGCAAAACUUGCGACAAUUAUCCAAAGGGGUUAAUUUGUUGAAGCGCUACAAAGCUUCCGAUGCCGCUAGCUUGAAGAAAACUCUCGUCAACAUCCCAGCCACUCAAGUAACAACUUUGGAUAAUAGCUUGCGUGUUGCCAGUGAAGAUUCGGGUGCUGCCACUGCCACUGUUGGUCUAUGGAUCGAUGCUGGUUCUCGCUCCGAGACGCCCCAAAACAACGGUGUUGCUCACUUUUUGGAACACAUGGCAUUCAAGGGUACAGCUAAGCGUUCCCAGACUGAUCUGGAGUUGGAAGUUGAAAACAUGGGCGCUCAUUUGAACGCCUACACUUCUCGGGAACAAACUGUUUUCUACGCUAAAUGUUUGUCCAAAGACGUACCAAAGGCUGUAGAGAUCUUAUCCGACAUCAUUCAGAACUCCAAAUUAGGUGAAUCUGAAAUUGAGCGGGAACGUUCCGUGAUUUUGCGUGAAAUGCAAGAAGUUGAAAGCAACUUGCAAGAAGUUGUCUUUGAUCACUUGCACGCUACUGCCUAUCAAGGUACCCCAUUGGGUCAAACCAUCUUGGGCCCCACCAAGAACAUUAAGUCCAUUGGUAAAUCUGAUUUGCAAGACUAUAUUAGCACUCACUACAAGGCCUCUCGUAUUAUUUUGGCUGGUGCCGGUGGUGUAAAGCACAAUGAAUUGGUUAAAUUGGCUGAUCAACAUUUGGGCAAAUUGGCCAACACUUAUGAUGGCAAGCCCCCAGAGGUAACACCCUGCCGAUUCACUGGCUCUGAAGUGCGUGUACGUGACGAUUCCUUGCCUUUGGCUCAUAUUGCUGUGGCUGUUGAAGGCUGUGGAUGGACGGAUCAGGAUAACAUUCCCUUGAUGGUUGCCAACACCCUUAUUGGAGCCUGGGACCGUUCUCAAGGUGGCGGUGCCAACAAUGCUUCUAACUUGGCUCGUGCCAGCGCUGAAGACAAUUUGUGCCACAGCUUCCAAUCCUUCAACACUUGCUACAAAGAUACUGGUUUGUGGGGCAUUUAUUACGUUUGCGACCCACUGGAAUGCGAAAACAUGCUCUUCAAUGUUCAAGCUGAGUGGAUGCGUUUGUGCACAAUGGUCACCGAAGCUGAAGUCGAACGUGCAAAGAACUUGUUGAAGACUAACAUGUUGCUGCAAUUGGACGGUACUACUCCAAUCUGUGAAGACAUCGGUCGCCAAAUGCUCUGCUAUAACCGCCGUAUUCCUUUGCACGAGUUGGAGCAACGUAUUGAUUCUGUUGAUGUGCAAAAUAUUCGUGAUGUGGCCAUGAAAUACAUCUUCGAUAGAUGCCCUGCUGUUGCUGCCGUUGGUCCUGUUGAAAAUCUCCCCGACUACAACAGAAUCCGCUCUUCUAUGUACUGGUUGAGAGUUUAAAGUCAAUAAUAAUUGAUAAGGAGUUCACAGUCAUAAUUUCGAAACGAAGUUACGAAAAAAAUUAUAGAAAAUUAAUUUAAUGAUAACACUAUCCAAAACAAGAAAACCAUCAUAAUACCUAAACAAAAUAAAACAAUUAUCUUGUUAAAUACAACAUAAAAA